CCCAAGUCCCAGCCUUGACGGGCGGGCGGAGAAGCCAGUGCGAGCCCGGGAGGCCGGGCCACGGUGCGGGAACCUGAUCCGCCCAGGAGGCGGGGGCGGGGCGGGGCGGGGGCGCCAGGAGCGGGAGGCCGGCGCCCGCCCGCCUCCCCCAUUCAUUCAGCCGAGCCCGGGGGCCGAGGGGCUCCGCGGCCAGCUCUGCACGGCGGGAGCGCGGGCGCGGCGCCCUAGCCAGCGCGCAGGGCCCGGGCCGGCCGGGGCGCUUCCUCUCCGCUGCCCUCCGCGCGUCGCGCCGCCUGCGAGCCACCAUGUCCGACCCCGCGGUCAACGCGCAGCUGGACGGGAUCAUUUCGGACUUCGAAGCCUUGAAAAGGUCAUUUGAGGUUGAGGAGGUCGAGACGCCCAACUCCACCCCACCCCGGAGGGUCCAGACUCCUCUGCUCCGGGCCACUGUGGCCAGCUCCACCCAGAAAUUCCAGGACCUGGGCGUGAAGAACUCAGAGCCCGCCGCCCGCCAUGUAGACUCCCUGAGCCAGCGGUCCCCCAAGGCCGCCCUGCGGAGGGUCGAGCUGUCAGGACCCAAGACCGAGCCCAUGUCCCGGCGCACCGAGAUCUCCAUCGACAUCUCGUCCAAGCAGGUGGAGAACGCCACCGGGCCGUCGAGGUUCGGGCUGAAGCGGGCGGAGGCACUGGGCCACAAGACACCAGAGCCCAUCCCUCGGCGGACGGAGAUCACCAUCGUCAAGCCCCAGGAGCCAGCCCACCGGAGAAUGGAGACCCCCAGCUCCAAGAUCCCGGAGGUGCCCACCGCCCCCACUGUGGACCCCACCCCCAAGAGGGUGGAGAUCCAGGUGCCCAAGCCAGCCGAGGUGCCCGCCUCCCCUAUCCCAGCCCAGACCCUGGAGAAUUCAGAACCCACGCCGAUGUCUCAGCUGCAGAGCAGGCUGGAGCCCAAGCCCCAGCCUCCCUUGGCCGAGGCCCCGCCCAGGAGCCAGGAAGCCACCGAGGCGGCUCCCGGCUGCGCUGGCGACAUGGCCGACACCCCCAGAGACGCCGGGCUCAAGCCGGCACCCGCGACCCGGAAUGAGAAGGCCCCCGUGGACUUCGGCUACGUGGGGAUCGACUCCAUCCUGGAGCAGAUGCGCAGGAAAGCCAUGAAGCAGGGCUUCGAGUUCAACAUCAUGGUGGUCGGGCAGAGCGGCUUGGGGAAGUCCACCUUGAUCAACACCCUCUUCAAGUCCAAAAUCAGCCGGAAGUCUGUGCAGCAGCCCCCCUCGGAGGAGCGCAUCCCCAAGACCAUCGAGAUCAAGUCCAUCACGCACGAUAUCGAGGAGAAGGGCGUCCGCAUGAAGCUGACGGUUAUCGACACGCCGGGCUUUGGGGACCACAUCAACAAUGAGAACUGCUGGCAGCCCGUCAUGAAGUUCAUCGACGACCAGUACGAGAAGUACCUGCAGGAGGAGGUCAACAUCAACAGGAAGAGGCGCAUUCCCGACACACGCGUCCACUGCUGCCUGUACUUCAUCCCGGCCACCGGCCACUCCCUCAGGCCCCUGGACAUCGAGUUCAUGAAGCGCCUAAGCAAAGUGGUCAACAUCGUCCCGGUCAUUGCCAAGGCCGACACACUGACCCUGGAGGAGAGGCUGUACUUCAAACAGCGGAUCACUGCCGACCUGCUGUCCAAUGGCAUCGACGUGUACCCCCAGAAGGAGUUUGACGAGGACGCGGAGGACCGGCUGGUGAAUGAGAAGUUCCGAGAGAUGAUCCCGUUUGCCGUGGUGGGCAGUGACCACGAGUACCAAGUGAAUGGGAAGAGGAUCCUCGGCAGGAAAACCAAAUGGGGCACCAUCGAAGUCGAGAACACCGCACACUGUGAGUUUGCCUACCUGCGGGACCUCCUCAUCAGGACACACAUGCAGAACAUCAAGGACAUCACCAGCAGCAUCCACUUCGAAGCCUACCGCGUGAAGCGUCUGCACGAGAGCAGCAUGUCCAACGGCGUGGAGGACAAGGAGCCGGGAGCCCCGCAGAUGUAGGCGCCGCCUGACCCAGGACCCAGCCCCCGUCCCCCCGCCCCCCCCGCCCGCCCACCUGCCCCGUUUCAUUUUAUAUCACUUACUCCGCGCGUCAUCGCUCUGCCCCUUCCCGCGAUGCCAAGGACCGAUGAGUGCCCGCGUCUGAGCGUCACUGGCCCACCACGGUGGGCACCUGGCCGGCCCUGAGGUCUGGGGAGGCUGGACCGGCCAGGAGGGCGGGAGAGGACCCGCCCCACCCCCGCUGCCUCAGCCCCGGGAGCAUGCUGGGGGUGUGCCCAGGGGGUGGGGCCCCUUCCUGCCUCCACCUCCCUAUGUGGUGUGGGCAUCACUCAGACCACGUAACUCAGAGACCCCCCUCCGCCCCUUGACCCCCCCAAGGGGAGAAUAGUUAAUUCCAUGAGACGCAAGUUGCCAAUUGCUUAGACGUGGCCAAGCCCACCGGCUGCCGCCCGCCCUGUUCUGGAGCAGAAAGUGCCUUUCUCUCGACCGUCCACUCAAGCCCAGACUCCCCGCUGUCCCGGGUGGGAAGGGGGGCAGGUCGGAGAGGGAGGUGUGCCUUCCUCUCCCUGUCGUCCCCUCUCACCCCCUCUCACCCCCUCUUGCUGGGAUUUGAUUAAGGAUUCAAAGGACAAAGAUGCACCCCCGCCCCCUGAAUUCUGGGAAGGUCCGGCAAGGGAGUCUGGUGGGGGAGUCGGAGGAGGUGAUGGCAGGUGCCCGGAGGAAGGGGCUGUGUGGCCCGUGGCUGGGCUGUUCAGAGCGGCCCGGUGGCCUUGGUUCCUGCCCUGCCUGCCCCGUGUGACUGGGCACGUAUGCUUGUGUGUCUGUCUGGACAUCCCUGUGGCCCGGUCGGCCACCCAAGUGCAGGCGGAGCCCUCCUGGCCCGGCCUUGCGGGCACUGCGACCUGGGAGGUGGGCGGCCAGCCGAGCCUGACUCUCUGUUGCCCUGAGUGUGCCUGGUCCCUCACCCAGGGCCCAUGGAGACGCCCCUAGAGGGAAAGGCCAGGAGUCUGGUCGCCAAGCCCCCAGCUGGCUGCGGAGUGGGCUGCACGUCAGCCCGGCCCAGCUGGCCUCCUGGGCUCCCUCCCCUCUGUCCCCGAGAGGACCGGCAGGGACUGUCCACGCACACAGCGUGCUCCCCCUGCCGCCAGGAGAGGUGGGCACAGGUGGUGUGCAGACAGACCCGGGGGUGCAGACAGACCCGGGGCCGCAGCUGGUCCCUGGCGCGUGUGGGUGUCGUCAGCUGUGCGUGUUGGCCCCCACCUACCAGAGGAAGGACCCCUUCGUGAAACAGUUUACUUGCCGACUUGCCGUGUUUUUGCCAAAACCACGAUUUUGAAGGACGUGUCCCCCUCCGGCAUGGGGGCCGGGACGAGGGGCGGCCUUUCUGGUGGGCACACCUGCCACCCUCCCGGCCACGGGGGGCUCCGCCGCAUCCGCCCCGGACGCCUUCGCUUUCCUUCUCCGCAGCCAGAGUUUGAAAAACCGUUAGUUUCACUGGGAUGUGUUCCGCAGUGGCCUUUUGCUAUGUGCCUCCUGAGAAAUCCGUCUCUUUUUGUAUAAAUAACGAAGUGUUGGAAAUGUAUUUCCUGAAAUAAAUGUUCCAAAUGCAAACCUGGAAGCCUCCGGAGUGGG